CACGCUGUUACUUUUAAGGAAUUCCUCUUCUGGUAGCACCUUCCUUUUCUUUUCUUCUUGUUGUAAAGCUCUCUUGUAACGUAGGCCCUAGGGAGCUGAGGCUGAAGCUGUUGCUGGGAACGAGUGGUCUUCGCCUUUCCGUCCCCUCCUUGUACGUCCUGACAGGUCCGGAGUGGGAGCAGGGGUGCCUUCCAGGAGGCUGGAGGAGGGUUCAGCUGUCAGCAGUUGGUGUUUUGGCACAUGGUGACAGGGCGGGGAAGAUAAUCUGUUUCAAGAGGGGAGGGGGCCACGGGAGUGUGUUGUCUGGGGAAGUUUUUCCGGGGGUGGGCCUGCCCCAGGCCGAGUUGUAGGUUGCUGGGUGUCAGAGUUAGGGGUGAACGGGGCUCUGCAGCAAAGCCGGGGAGGGGCAGUGAGGGUGGACUUUAGGACUGUGACCCCGCCCAUGACCUGAGUGAGGACUCACGUCCCGGGCUUCCUUGUGGAAGUUCUUUUAAUGGUUUUGGAAGGAUCAUUUGGUAAAAACACACAAACUUUAACGGGUGAGUGUCUCAUAAAGAAAGUAUAAAAUAGAGAUGAGGAGCCUGCAUAUUUGAGAGCAUCAUACAGGUCUGUUUUGUAGGUGGGAGCAGACUGCAAAAUGGGGUGCUUUCUGCCUUCUUGACUUCAGCUUUACAGCUCCACUUAGAGUGGACCUUUGGGUUUUUAAUUUCCGACUUGUUGUAGAACAGUUUCUGUCUUGUUUCGAGCACGGUGGUUCUCCACAUUGUUUUUCCACACCAUUCCUGCGUGCCACACUCUUAGAAGCUCAUCGCAUUGUAAUGCUGUGAUUCCCAAUGAGGGAGAGGUUGGGAUAUACUUUUUUGAGGGGCUGGAUGGGUAGGGAAUGGAUGACCAACCAUACUUUGACUUGGAAAGCCCUCCUCCCUCAUUGGGAGUCACCGCUCUGGCAGUAAGAUCAGGGCCCUAAAGAUGUCGAGGUGAUCAGUAGUUUUAGUUUGGAAGAGCUUUUCGGAUUUGUUUGGAAAGCUGCCCUGUGUGAAUAUAACCUCGAGUUCACCUGUGUAAGUUCAGUGACUGGCCGUUCAAUCUCGGUGCACUGCCCUCUUUCCUGAAUGCAGUCUUUCUCUCUUCUGUGGUGCUGGAGGCCUGUUACCACCUGGCAGGCGUUGGCAAGGUGGGCUGGGUGUCUGCACGAACUGCUUUCUUAGUUUGGCUAAGUUAGGUUGGACAAGGCCUGUAAGGAGUUGGGGUGAAGGGUAGUGAAAUUGGAUUUGCAAUUAGAAGUUCCCUGCUCACAAUGUGACCUUGGGCUGCCUGCUGUUUCCCGGGGAGAUCAUGAAACGAGGUCGCCUUCCCAGCAGCAGUGAGGAUUCUGACGACAAUGGCAGCCUGUCAACUACUUGGUCACAGAAUUCCAGAUCCCAGCACAGGAGAAGUUCAUGCUCCAGACAUGAAGAUCGAAAGCCUUCAGAGGUGUUUAGGACAGACCUGAUCACUGCCAUGAAGUUGCAUGACUCCUACCAGCUGAACCCAGAUGAGUACUAUGUGCUGGCAGAUCCCUGGAGACAGGAGUGGGAGAAAGGGGUCCAGGUGCCGGUGAGCCCUGGGACCAUCCCUCAGCCCGUGGCCAGGGUCGUGUCUGAAGAGAAGUCCCUCAUGUUCAUCAGGCCCAAGAAAUACAUCGUCUCGUCGGGCUCCGAGCCUCCAGAGCUGGGCUACGUUGACAUCCGGACGCUGGCCGACAGCGUGUGUCGUUACGAUCUCAACGACAUGGACGCUGCGUGGCUGGAACUGACCAACGAGGAGUUCAAGGAGAUGGGAAUGCCUGAGUUAGAUGAAUACACCAUGGAAAGGGUCCUGGAGGAAUUUGAACAGCGAUGCUACGAUAAUAUGAAUCAUGCUAUAGAGACUGAAGAAGGCCUGGGGAUUGAAUAUGACGAAGACGUGGUCUGUGACGUCUGCCAGUCGCCCGACGGUGAGGACGGCAAUGAGAUGGUGUUCUGUGACAAAUGCAACAUCUGUGUGCACCAGGCCUGUUACGGAAUUCUCAAGGUCCCAGAGGGCAGUUGGCUGUGCCGGACGUGUGCCCUGGGGGUUCAGCCCAAGUGUUUGUUGUGUCCCAAGAAAGGUGGAGCGAUGAAGCCUACCCGCAGUGGGACCAAGUGGGUCCACGUCAGCUGUGCGCUGUGGAUCCCCGAGGUGAGCAUUGGCAGCCCCGAGAAGAUGGAGCCCAUCACGAAGGUGUCUCACAUCCCCAGCAGUCGGUGGGCGCUGGUGUGCAGCCUCUGCAAUGAGAAGUUUGGGGCCUCCAUACAGUGCUCUGUGAAGAACUGCCGCACAGCCUUCCACGUGACCUGUGCUUUCGACCGGGGCCUGGAGAUGAAGACCAUCUUGGCCGAGAACGACGAAGUCAAGUUCAAGUCCUACUGCCCGAAGCACAGCUCACAUCGCAAGCCCGACGAGAGCCUCGGUGAGGGGGCCGCUCGGGAGAACGGGGCCCCUGAGUGCCCCCCCCGGGAUCCGCUGGAGCCCUUUGGCAGCCUUGAGCAGAAUCAGGAGGAGGCCCACCGGGUGAGUGUCCGGAAGCAAAAGCUGCAGCAGCUGGAGGAUGAGUUCUACACCUUCGUCAACCUGCUGGAUGUUGCCAGGGCCCUGCGGCUGCCCGAGGAGGUCGUGGAUUUCCUGUACCAGUACUGGAAGUUGAAGAGGAAGGUCAACUUCAACAAGCCCCUGAUCACCCCAAAGAAGGACGAAGAGGACAAUCUCGCGAAGCGGGAGCAGGAUGUCUUGUUCAGGAGGCUGCAGCUGUUCACGCACCUGCGGCAGGACCUGGAGAGGGUUCGGAACCUCACUUACAUGGUGACCCGCAGGGAAAAGAUUAAACGAUCUGUGUGCAAAGUCCAGGAACAGAUAUUCAAUCUUUACACUAAGCUUUUGGAGCAAGAAAGAGUUUCAGGUGCGCCGCCUUCUUCUUCCUCCUCGUCACUGGAAAACAUGCUUCUGUUUAACAGCCCUUCUGUGGGCCCCGAUGCCCCCAAGAUAGAGGACUUGAAGUGGCAUUCUGCGUUCUUCAGGAAGCAAAUGGGUACUUCCUUGGUUCACUCGAUGAAAAAGCCCCAUAAGCGAGAUCCAUUGCAGAACAGUGCUGGGAGUGAAGGCAAAACCCUGCUAAAGCAGCCAGACCUGGGCAGUAGAAGGGAGGGGAUGGUGGUCCCAGAGAGCUUUUUGAGUUUUGAAAAGACCUUUGCAGAAGCACGUCUCAUAUCAGCACAACAGAAGAAUGGUGUGGUGAUGCCAGACCACGGGAGCAGAAGAGACCAUCGUUUUCAUUGUGAUCUUGGUAAGGGAGACUUGAAGGACAGACCUUUCAGACAGAGUCACAAGCCUCUCAGGUCCACAGACGUGUCCCAGAGGCACGUGGACAACACAAGAGCUGCCACCGCCCCUGGAGUGGGGCAGUCAGCACCCGGCACGAGGAAAGAGAUGGUGCCCAAGUGCAACGGCUCCCUAAUCAAAGUAAACUAUAACCAGACUGCAGUCAAAGUGCCUACAACACCUGCCAGCCCAGUGAAGAACUGGGGAGGAUUCCGGAUUCCAAAGAAGGGGGAACGGCAGCAGCAGGGAGAGGCCCACGAGGGGGCCUGCCACCAGCACUCAGACUACCCCUAUUUGGGCUUAGGCCGAGUUCCAGCCAAGGAGAGGGCAAAGAGCAAGUUGAAAUCUGACAACGAGAAUGACGGGUACGUCCCUGAUGUAGAGAUGAGUGACUCAGAGAGCGAGGCAUCAGAAAAGAAAUGUAUACAUGCCAGCAGCACCAUUAACAGGAGGACAGACAUUAUCAGGAGAAGCAUUUUGGCCUCUUGAUGAAGCAGAGAUGGCUUGGGAGCACCACGGGCUUGUCACGGGGUAGGCGAGAGUUCAGACACGGGGGACGAGCAGAAACCCGUCACUCCUGAGCUGCACAAACACAUUUACUUGCAAUUCAGAUUGAAUCUUUUUUUUUGAGUCAUUUAUAAAUCAUUGUUGUGAGAAGUGUGUUAUUUGCAACUUGUUGAGGAAACACAAGAGUUAGAUUGUAACCGUAAGACACUGCUAAGACUAGAGGCUGAAUUAAACACUAAAAUAAGAAUGGAUGAAUUAAGUUUCUAAAGAGGGCAAGGCUUUUAAAUAAGCCUCAUGAGUUUUUACUGCCCUCUGUAUUCUUCCCAAAGCACAAACUCUUGGUUACCUGAAUAUACAGAAUCAGACGUGGUUCUUGAGAAAUGCUCACGUACCAUUUAAUAGCCCAUAAAACUUAUUUUCUAGGACUGUGGUGGAUCUUGAAAUCAUAUUUAUACUUUGGCCCACAAGGCUGUUUUUGUUGCAUUAUAGUAUACGGGCAGUAGCUCUGAAGCUUCAGUAACUCUAGGGAAUUCAUGUGUAAAUAUAGCAGAUGAGGGAAGAGAAAAUUUAAAAGUCAUUACUGGAAGAUCUGAAGGGACAGGGUAGAGCCGCUGGAGCUUGGAGAUUUAGGGUAAAUGUAAGCAAGGUCCUGCUGCCGGAAGCCCUUGAAUGUGUUGUGGAUAUAGGGCUGGUGGAGGGUGAAGCCAUUACAGAGUUCCAUCUGUGAGAAAGGGCAGUUGAGGUCCUGUCUUUACCAGUCCUUUUGACCUUUCUCUUCCCUAACCACUGCCUUUUGGGCCAGCUUGGGAUUUCGCUGGCCAUUGGCAAAAACUGGCCAUCUGGCUUCCAACAAUACAAUGGCUAUUCAAGUUCAAGUGAUGAACUUCCAGACUCUGGUGACUCAUAUUUCCCAGAGCCGACCACUAGUGCAUAUGUUGGGGAAUCCGGCCUUCCAACAUGAACAGAUUCCUUUAAAAAAAAAAAAACAAAAAACAAGAAAAACAAGACAAAAAAAAAGCAAAAUAGGUUAUAUUUAAAAAAAAAAAUAGAAAGGCAAUAAGUUGCGAUAACCUCUUACCAUUGAUUGACCAAGGUUAUACAGGAAAGAGAUUGAAGUGUAAUAGGUUUUCUGGAGUCAGAGCUCUAGUUCGUAACUUGGACUUUCUAAUUGCAAACGGCAAUAACUAGUAAGUUAUCAGCAAUAAUAAAUUUAGCAUUAAAUUUGAGUACAAUGUUCUGUUUUUUGCACUCGCUGCAGUGCAUUAUGUAUUAAGACAGUGGAUAGUGUUAAGGUCCUGUUAAUUUUUUUUUGGAAUUCAAUGUAGUUGUGAAUCAAACUUAAGGAAAGUUUAAGUAGCAAUGAGAUUUAGAGUUAUGGGCACUUGGAACAAGCCCAACUUCCCCUAAAUUAUCCUUUAGUUUGUUAAUAUCAGUAUUCAGAUUCCUGAUUCAUUUAUACAUUUGUUUCCAUGUGGCAGGGACAUUCUGAUACUUAAUGAGUAAUGCUUUGAGUUCUGUAGUUACCUUUCAAGUCUUCCGGACGAUUGUCAACAAGGAAAAAGGCUUAUUGAAUUCCAUCUUGCUAUGCAAGUUUUAUCAGAUGAUCAAAUAGUAGAUCUGAUACAUCCCCAUUGUAUGUAUGACAUUUUCAAACCAAGUCUUAACUUUUCGAAUACAUUUUAGUAGCUAAUUCAGGGGAGGGGAAAGAAUGACCCAGGUUUUUAGAUUGACUAUUUUUGAGCUAUGGGGCUCAUUUUUCAAAGACUGUUGUCCAGAUAAACUGUUGCUACAGAUACUAGAAGUUUCUUAUGAAUCCAAGUUGUACAUUAACUCGGCAUAAUUUAAAAAUUUUUUUUUUUUUUGCAUAUGAGCAAAAAACCUUUUGCUGGAUACAGGAGAAGGUGGACUCGAUUUACAGUUAUCUUUUGACUACAGCAACAGCUCUGGGUGAGAGUAGAAUAUAUAGAGGGAUAAUUUGUCAAGCCAUAAAAAGAAAAUCUAAAUUAAUUCUAGUAAGUGUAUGACCUCUCACCAUUAUAAGAGGUACCAGAUUCAUUUGCACUAUUAGGAAUGCUAGUUUUGUGCAAAAAUAAUGCCUUACCUGUUUUUUCCCCACAUUUAGGUUGAAAAGCUUUCAAACGUUCCAAGUUAUGCUGAACCAAAAACAAAACAAAACAAAAAAUAAAAAUAAAAAAAAAAACCCACAUAAGAACUAAACACCCAAAAACAAAAAGCCCACACUUUUGAAAUGCAAAUGGUACAGGGCUCAGUUUCUCUGGCACAGUGUAAUGAUAGCUCUGUGAGUGGGUGAGUUUCAUGUCCUGCUGGGAACUCUGUAUGCGGCCGCAUGAGCGGCAACCAGCCAGCCGAACCUGCCCACCUGCACUCUGAGUACGGAACCAUUUGCCUUCUUUUCUCCUUCUCCUCCUUCUUUUUCUUUUUCUUUUUUUUGUUUUUUAAAGCUUUAUCUAUCUUUCCUUGUGCAUCCUGACCAAGAAAUAUCUUUGAUUAUGAUCAAUGUAUUAUGUCAAAAUGUAGGCUAGUUAAACUUUUGUAAAGUUGCCUGGAAUGUCAUUUGUUAGGUUAUAAACACAAAAUCUAAAUGAAGGGUUAUAUGUGUUGUGUACAAAUCUUAAUUAUUUUGAAAUGGACAAACUUGUCAUUACAUUUGUAACCUUGUACAGAGGAUUUUUCACUAUGUGCCUAGCUUGGUGUCCAUUCAGCUAAAGUUGAAAAAAAAAAGGUGCAUGAAGAGUUAAAAAUCAGAAUUAAACAAAGUAUAUGUAGAGAUGACUAUUUUAUAUUACAUGGCCCAAUCCUGUAUUUAUUUCUACCCCCUUUUUGAAAGUAUUUAUAAAACUAGUUGAGGACAGCUGUAUUUUUUUGUUGAACUAUUUAGUAGAAUUUGUGCCUUUUUGUCUGUAUGUGAAUAAAUGCUGUACAUUUUGCAGUACA